AUGGUGGGGCAAUGGGGGAAAGAAGAUGAAGAAAAGGUGGUGAUCAGAUUCUACAAUGAUCGUAAGGACAGAGUUGAAAUGGAACGUGUGGAGAAAAGCUGUGAGAUUGGUAACGACCAAACUUUUCUCUUCACACACACUUUGGGCGAUCCCAUCUGCAGAAUCCGGAACACUCCUCUCUUCACUAUGCUGGUGGCAGAAGUUCGGAACAAACUGGUUGGUUCCAUACAAGGGUCUGUAAAGCCAGUUAAGUUUCAAGAUAAAUCAGUGACUGUGGGUUACGUUCUUGCUCUCAGAGUCAUGCCAUCAUAUCGACGCCAUGGCAUUGGUUCGAUUCUAGUGACAAAGCUUGAGGAAUGGUUCAUGUCUCACAAUGCUGACUAUGCUUACAUGGCCACCCAAAAGGACAACGAGGCCUCUCUCGGUCUCUUCGUUGGAACACUUGGCUAUGUCAUCUUCAGAAACCCGGCAAUUCUGGUCAAUCCGGUAAACCCCAGAGGUUUGAAACUGCCUUCUGACAUUGAAAUAAGGAAGCUAAAGGUGAAAGAAGCUGCAUCAUGGUACCGGAAACACGUAGUAUCAAAGACAGAUUUUUUCCCGGACGACAUAGUCAAAAUCUUGCGGAACAAGUUAAAUAUAGGAACAUGGGUAGCUUAUUACAAGAACAAGGACACUAUCAAAAGUUGGGCAAUACUUAGUGCAUGGAAUAGUAGCAAAGUAUUCAAACUUAGGAUUGGCAAAGCUCCUUUGAGCUAUGUCUUUCUCACCAAAGUUUGCAAGUUUUUCGGUAGAUUCUUGCCGUUCUUGGGCUUAACGGCGUUGCCUGAUCUGUUUACUCCGUUUGGAUUCUACUUCAUUUACGGUGUUCACGCAGAAGGUCCGUUACGUGGGAAACUCGUUAGGGCUUUGUGUGAGCACGUUAGUAACAUGGCUGCUUCAGAUGACGGUGGUGCGUGUAAGGUCGUGGUGGUAGAGGUCGACGGAGAAAGUAACGGCAGUAGUAAUGAUUCUGUGAGGAGAUGUGUUCCGCAUUGGAAAAUGCUUUCGUGUGAGGAUGACACUUGGUGCAUCAAACCGUUGAAACGUGAAGAGAAUACGACAGGUUUGAGUGACUUUACCGAAAUGUUGUUGAGUUCUAAGUCACGUUCUCUCUUUGUAGAUCCAAGAGAUGUGUAA